AUGAAGGAGCUGCCUCUUAGGAUCAACUUCCACCCUAUCAGCUACAUGAAGUUACAGAUGUACUCGUCUUUGGAUAUCGGCAUGUCGAAGCAGUCAGGAAUGAUGGGUGGUACUGGGGGAGAGCUCGAUGAGGUCAAGCGCAUGUUGGUUGAGACCAACCCCUUCCUCUUGGCUCUUACCGUCAUUGUCAGCUGUCUCCACAGUGCCUUUGAGAUGUUGGCUUUCAAGAACGAUAUUGCGUUCUGGAAGGAUAAGAAGGGAACGGCCGGAUUGUCGGUUCGCUCGAUCUUCUUGGAUAUUGCUCAGCAGAUCAUUGUCUUCUUGUACUUGAUGGACAACAACUCAGAGACCAGUUACAUGAUUCUGAUCGGACAGGGAGUAGGACUGGCCAUUGAGCUCUGGAAGGUCAAGAAGGCCCUCAAGGUCGACAUUGUCCCCGCCACGACCGGCGUUUUCCCUUGGCGUCUGCACUUCAACACCUCCGAACCCCUGAGCGAUUUGGAGGAAAGAACCAAGGAGUACGACGAAGAAGCUUUCAAGUACCUCACCUACGCUGCCUUCCCCCUCUUGGGCGGCUACGCCAUCUACUCUCUCAUGUACGAGGAGCACAAGUCGUGGUACUCGUUCGUUGUCGGCACCUUGGUCGGGUUUGUGUACACUUUUGGAUUCAUCAAGAUGACCCCCCAAUUGUUUAUCAACUACAAGCUCAAGAGUGUGGCUCAUAUGCCCUUCCGCACGAUGAUGUACAAGUCGUUGAACACUUUUAUCGACGACUUGUUCUCGUUCAUUAUCAAGAUGCCCAUGCUGCAUCGCUUGGCCUGUCUCCGCGACGACGUUGUUUUCUUUAUUUACCUCUACCAGCGCUGGAUCUACCGUACCGAUCAUUCUCGUGCUAACGAGUUUGGUCAGGUUGGAGCUGAGGAGGAUGAGAAGAAUCCAGCUAUUACUGCUUCUUCCAGCUCGGAUGCCAAGAAGGCUGUCACUGAGGGCGUUGACUUGAAGGAGACCAAGAAGAACAAGUAG